CUCAGGCUCUGGCACAGGGUCUGGAGGGAGAUCUCCUCGCGUUUGACUUGGACCGGUGACAGUUUGGGGAAGGCAGGAGCUAGGGGAGACAGGGCGAGAGUGCCGCGAGGCAGAUUGAGAUGCGAGGGUACUGCGGGGGACGAGCGGAUGUUGGGCCCUUCUGAUCGCUUUGUACCAUGGGUAAUCCUGCUCGAUCGAUCGGGGUGUCUGAUUGGGGCACGGCUGCUGCUUGCAGGUGAGGAUGAUAGUCUCAGGGCCGUCUGGGAUGUAGACAUCGACGAGGUCCUGAGAGUCGAAGGCGUGAACUUGGCCUUGACAGGCAGCCACGAUGGAGGGGAGGAGGACGGGGAGGAACCUAGACCACACAUCCGUGAGAACAAGCACCGCCCACUGAAGUGCAGGGGUGCGCACCACCCGACCUGUGGGAAAGGAAAGUGA